AUGUCUCACCCUCAGGUUCACGGAGUCGUCCUCCUUGUUCGCAAUGGAGACCGCACAGAGCUGUAUCAGGACCCGAACACUUACAAGACCGGUUCUGUAGAGACGACUGCCCUCGGAGAGGUUCAAUCUCACCUCCUCGGCUCGUACUUGAGGUCCCUGUACUUGGACAGCAACUCUCCCUCUCACAUCCGGGGCCUGCGUACCGAUCUUGUCGACACAAAGCAAGUGCAUGUUCGUGUCAAAGCUGGCGGCGAGGGCACGGUUGUGUUCGACUCUGCGAUCGCUCUUCUCCAAGGCCUGUUCCCGCCCACAUCCAACAAUAAGAUUGUCCUGGCCAACGAGACUGAGGUCAUCGCCCCUCUCGGCGGGUAUCAAUACGUCCCUUUGGAGACCGUGGAGCCUUACAACGACCGUUCGUUGGAGAGCUGGACGGACUGCCCCGCGUUUCAGAAACACAUCUCGAAGGUGUAUGGAUCGGACAAGUUCAAGGAUAUGGCAAAAGCUGCUGCACCAUUCCUCCGCGAUGUCAAGGAUUUCGUGUACAACACUCCGGUGACGAUGGAGAACAUGGUUCACGACUUCAUCAGCAGCGAGCUGGUCCACAACCGCUCAUACGCUCACCGCCUUCCUCCGACGUUCAUUGAGCAAUCACAACACUGGGCAAAUCUGCAUGAAGCCGCCGUCUUCACGGACAAGGACAUGGCCGGGAUUGGACACAUCGCCAGCCGCACCAUUCUCAGGUCGAUCCUCGGCGCAUUCGAGCGCAUCGUGUAUAACGGUGACCCGCUGCAGCUGUACGUUCAGGAGGUCACCUACCAGCCGAUCAUUUCACUCCUGAGUCAAACCGAUGUUCUCGACGAGCACCCUGAGCUGGCCGGCAUCCCGAACUUUGCUAGCGCCAUCGCCAUCGAACUCCGCAAGGGUGACGAGGGAGACUCUCGGGACUAUCUCCGUUUCAAGUUCAAGAAUGGCACGUCGCAUGACUUCCAGACCGUCAGCGUCUUCGGGAAGGGUGGUGACAUCGCUCUGACCGAGUUCAUCUACCGCCUCGAGAACUCCGUCAUCAACAACAACGCCGAGUGGAAGAGCGUCUGUGGCGCGAGCAAGUUGGAGACGGUCUAUGGGACCAGCACCCAGGCUGGUUUUGUAGGCCUUUCUCUGCUCUUGUUCUUCAUCUUUGCCUUCCUGUUCGCUCGCUUCAAGCGUUCGAAGGCGCGUACAGGCUACGUCAAGCUCGGUGAACCGACUGGCUUCGGGCAGGCGCAGUUCGUACGUAAUGUUUCAUGUCGGCCUUCAUGUCGAAUACCGUGA